AUGCCCAAACAUUCAAGCGCAGCGGCUACAUCUGGUGCUGCUAGCCCAAGUCGGACAAAACCAGAAUCAGUCACCACAUCAGGAUCCAGCGUAGACAGCCUGGCUCAAGACCAACUACCUGUCCCCUCCGCCAUGGUAGAGGUACGGCGCCCAUGGGGUCUUCAACCCACUCCUCGACAACCUGGUGUGCCUGGUACCGGUAAUACUAUGGUAGCGGAUCAGAAUAGUGGCAGCGAGAUGCUCAAUGCGUGGCUCGUCCAAGACGCGGCCGAGGACCCAUUCCAUGCCAUUGCCGCGCUUGCAGUCGGCACAGGGACGGCUACAAUAAGCAAGUCGACGGAAGUUCUUCAGAUAAUUGACAGUCUAUUCGUAAAUCGGGCGGAGCAGGAAGGAACCGUUGCAACAUGUGGUAG